CUACAGGACAACAUACAGACAUACAGAGAAAUAAAAAUGCUUUGCCAUAUAACGCGACCGGACUCGAUGGUGAUGGAGGUGGAUGUUGAUUCGAAGGCGAAUGGAGAGGACUGUUUACACAAGGUCUGUCGGAAACUGGGAAUAAUAGAGGUGGAUUACUUUGGGCUUCAGUUCUGUGGAAGCAAAGGGGAAAGUUUGUGGUUGAAUCUCAGGAACAGGAUCUCCCAACAGAUGGAUAACCUGUCUCCCUGCAGACUGAAGCUCAGAGUCAAGUUCUUUGUGGAACCCCAUCUGACCCUGCAAGAACAGACAAGGUAGAGAUACCUGACGAAGCAACAGCUGCUCACUACUUCCCAUCAAGACAACACAUUCUUUUGCC